AGCUCAUUCCCUCCUCCGUGUUCCGGCCUCCUCCAGGAAGCGUCCUCCGGAGGUCUCGGCCCGCUCCCAGGCAGCGGCCCGCGGGUUGCGGAGUCCGCGGCGCGCCAGGUCCCACCUGACACCGCACGCAGCGAGGCGUCGGCCACCGUAGGUGCGGGAUGAAGGCAGGCGGCGUGGGCACCCACCCAAGCUUGGGCUCCGGGGCCCGGGCAGCGCCUCCGGCGUAGGCACAGCACCGUUCCUGGCCAGCGCACGCUGUGCCCUCAGCUCGCUUCCGGCUGGGCCACGUGACUGCGCGCACGUGUUCCGGCCUCUCGGAGCGGCGGUCUGCAGCCUCCUCCGCACGGCGGGCGGAUGUGCAUCUAGAGAGGGUGCAACCUUCGCCAUGAACCCCAGGGGCCUGUUCCAGGACUUCAACCCCAGUAAGUUCCUCAUCUAUGCCUGCUUGCUGCUCUUCUCCGUGCUGCUGCCCCUGCGCCUGGACGGCAUCAUCCAGUGGAGCUACUGGGCGGUCUUCGCCCCCAUCUGGCUGUGGAAGCUCCUGGUCAUCGUGGGCGCCUCGGUGGGUGCGGGCGUGUGGGCGCGCAACCCUCGCUACCGUACAGAGGGUGAAGCCUGCGUGGAGUUCAAAGCCAUGCUGAUUGCCGUGGGCAUCCACCUGCUGCUGCUCAUGUUUGAGAUCCUUGUCUGCGACAGGGUGGAGAGGGGCACCCACUUCUGGCUGCUGGUCUUCAUGCCGCUCUUCUUCGUUUCCCCCGUGUCCGUGGCUGCCUGCGUCUGGGGCUUCCGACAUGACAGGUCCUUGGAGCUGGAGAUCCUGUGCUCCGUCAACAUCCUACAGUUCAUUUUCAUCGCCUUGAGGCUAGACAGGAUUAUCCACUGGCCCUGGCUGGUGGUGUUCGUGCCCCUGUGGAUCCUCAUGUCCUUCCUCUGCCUGGUGGUUCUCUAUUACAUCGUGUGGUCCCUCCUGUUCCUGCGGUCCCUGGAUGUGGUUGCUGAGCAGCGAAGAACACAUGUGACCAUGGCCAUCAGCUGGAUCACCAUCGUCGUACCCCUGCUCACCUUUGAGGUCCUGCUGGUUCACAGACUGGAUGACCACAACACGUUCUCGUACAUUUCCAUAUUCACCCCGCUCUGGCUCUCUUUACUGACUUUGAUGGCUACGACCUUUAGGCGGAAAGGGGGCAAUCAUUGGUGGUUUGGUAUUCGCAGGGAUUUCUGUCAGUUUCUACUUGAAGUUUUCCCGUUUUUAAGAGAAUAUGGGAAUAUCUCUUACGAUCUCCAUCACGAAGACAGUGAAGAUGCCGAGGACUCAUCGGUUCCAGAAGCUCCGAAAAUUGCUCCAUUGUUCGGAAAGAAGGCCAGGGUAGUUAUAACACAGAGUCCUGGGAAAUACGUUCCUCCACCUCCCAAGCUAAACAUUGAUAUGCCAGACUAAACUCACAGGCUGGGGCCUUUAAGUGAAAUAGAAACCAUGUACCCAUGAAUUCCACUUUGCUUUUUUUCUGUGUUCAUCCAGCUCUGGAAUUGGAAAUGGGUCCUCCUCGUUUUACACCCUCUUGUGAGAUGGAAGGAAGCCUCUUGUAAUUGUCAGUGUGUACUAAGGACAAAAGAAGGAGGCUGUGUUACUCUCGGGGUGUGUGUGUGUACAUGAUGUGUGAGAGAACUUGCUUUCCAGGUCCGGGUCUUAAAAGCUAGCCAAAGGCGGUCAAUUGGAUUGUUUCUAGGCCUUCAGAAGACAGAAGACUACAUAGCUGUUUGUUUUUAAGCGCUACUUAUGCCUACCAAAAGUAUUGUUUAAAAAGUAUUUUUAUACACUGCUAGUCCAAAGUUGUAUUUUAGAUUGUUUCCGUUGUGACUUAAUGGUAAACAUACCAAGUUCUCUCCCACCGCUGUUCCAUAAACCUCAUAGUUGGUAUUUCUAGUGUUCCUACGGUUCAAAUAGUUGUUUUCUUUGGGCUUUGCUGAGAUAGGUCUUUAGUAUUCUAACAGACGAAUUUUCUAAUGGAGUGAAUCUGCAUAUGUUAGUAUUUAUAUGAAUGUUUUAGCAGUGUUCUCUGUGUUGAAUUGUAGUUCUUGGCAAUACCAAUGUAUUGUGUUAAAGUAUUUUUUUUUUAA